AUGUGGGGCCCCCAACUUGAAGGAUAUGAGACGUUGGGAGAUCCGCAUUGCCAAGACUCCGGGGAGAAACUUGUUUAUCAUCUUCUUCAAACGAGACGCCACUGCUUGGUUGACCUUCUGCGAACCCCAAUGCCAAAAAAUGCUCUAUUGUUGGCGAUUCUAAUCGAAAAUGUACUGACGCAGCGUUCUCCCCCUCACGAGAUCCCAAACGGGCUCCCAAGCUUAGGAUUGGAUUCAGACUGCCUUGAAGAAGACCUAGUUCUUCUCAUGUGCUCUUCCAAGAAGCAAGCGUGCAACAUCCCAAGUCUCUGGACAGCUAUCAGAGCCCGCGCAUGUUUCUAUGGUGGAGAAAUGUCUAUGCGCCUUUCUGUCCGGGAAUCGUUGACGGUAAAUGGCAGCAAAAACCACCUGACUGGAUACUUGGGUGGGCUUAUUGGCUCUGUGGUGUUUGAAUCCGCCCUCGCUCUCGAGGUCCUCCAAGGCACAAGAGGUUGUGGCUAA